GAGGCUCUUGGAAAACUCCAGCUCCUAGUCAGCUCUUCCAUGAGUACACCCUGGCCCUGGGGCCUGAGAUCUCUCCAUGCAGGAGCAGCCACAAACUCCGGAGGUGGCGGCAUCGCCGGCCACACCACCCACCCCACCGCCUCCUGCCCCGCCGCCCAGCCAGCCACUGGUCCCUUCACUGCCAGUGUUUGUGGACCAUGCAAAACAACCAAGCAAGGAACUCAUUAAGCCCAAAGCGAUUUUAGGGCGUCCAGUAGCAAGACCUACAGAGGCUCCUGCCGCUGAUGCUGCUGGUACUGCUGCUGCAGAGUGCCCGGGAUCGGGUGCCAGGGAAGUCGGAGUCAAAAAUCACCGCUGUCAGCGGAUCCGAGCCAGUCGAGAAGCGGGCUCACAGUUUGCCAUGGAGGGCUUGGAUGAUAAACUGAUCCUGAACGUGGGGGGCAUGCGCCACGAGACCUACAUCAGCACUCUGCGGGCCUUUCCAGGUACCCGCCUCUACAAGCUGACCGAACCACCCCCGCCUGGCACCACAGCUGCUCAGGGUCCACCAGUCCGAGAGUUUUUCUUUGACCGCAAUCCUGAGCUCUUUAGCUAUGUCCUGGGCUACUACCGUACUCGGCAACUGCACUGCCCUGCUGAUGUUUGUCGGGAGGUCCUAGAGGAGGAGUUGGCUUAUUGGGGCCUGGCUGAAGCACCGUUGGCACCUUGCUGCUGGCUCAAGCUAAGUGGCAGAGAGACCCGUACCCAGGAUUUCCUGUCCUGGGAGGCCUGUGAAAACGCCUACAUGGAUGAACGCCAUCUUCUGAACCCUAUCGAAGGCCAGGGAUUGCAGAAUGCUUGGAAGCCAUGGCUCUGGGUGCUUCUUGAUCAACCCCGGUCUUCCCUAGGGGCCAAGUGCCUUUCCCUGAUCUCCACAAUCUUUGCUGUGUGUGCAUUGGUCAUCUUCUUCCAGGAGACGGAGGUCCAGCUGGAUUACUUCACUGCCAACUUCACUCCUAUGGGACAUGGGGUGGGGGUAGGAGGAAAAUACCAGCAGCAGCAGAACAACGGUCUUGUUUACCGCCGUGCCCCUCACCUGCUCUACCUGGAACUGCUCUGUGCCCUUUGGUUUGGAACUGAGCUCUUUGCCCGGGCCAUUUCCUGCCCUGAUAAAGUGCGCUUCCUGUGCAGCCCUCUCAACCUGGCUGACAUUUUCUGUUUGUUCCCUGUGCUGGUGGAAUUGGUGGUGGGUGAUAAGGCUGAAAGGCAACCCAGUCUUAGCCUCACCCUUGGGGCCAUUCGUUCUCUCUAUGUCCUCAAAUUGGUUCGUCUCUUGGGCUUUCUUGAAAAGUCCCUGGCCUUAAGAGUGCUGGUUCAUACCCUCCAUUCGUCCUGGAAAGAAGUGUGUGCCUUUAUCCUGAUUUGGGUGGCUGAAAUCUUAUUCUUUGGCUCCCUCUUCCUCUAUGGAGAGCUCUUGGGCAUGUCCACUCCAAGUCAGGGUGAGCUCCACUUUGGAGACAUCUUUACAUGUCUCUGGUGGACUGUUAUAACUCUCACCACUGUUGGCUAUGGAGAUGUCUACCCUCUCUCUGCUCUGGGUCAGCUUACUGCUGCUGUCACAGCCACAGUGGGCAUGUGCACUGGUGUCUUGUUGGUGCCCGUGCUCUUGGUCCGCUUCCAGCGCUAUUAUGCUGUAGCCCUGGCUCGCCAGAAACUAGGGCCCAGUGGGAUCGUAUAAUGGGCCAUUGGUCAAAGGGGAUGGGCCCUACCUUCCCUUCCUUCUUCUUGCCAGUUUCUAAUUAUAGAUAUGGAUUUCUGGCUUUGGAUUUGGCAAAGAAUCCUUCAAGAGUAGCCCCAGAUCAUGGUAAUUCCCACCAAUCAGGAUCAGCUAACCAUGGCUUGUAGGUAAGACUCUUCUUCCUUAUCAAGGCAGCACCCUGGAGGAAGGGCCGCAGUGUCCCCCUGCCCCACCUUGGGCCCUUCUCUUAAUCCCAGAAUGACCAGGAAGGAUAGAAGUUAGUUCAUCCUAGAUUGGUGCUAUAUCCUGUUCAACCAGCUGUCUCUUCUCAGUCUUUCAUCCUGGCCCCCCAAGUGGACCCUAGUCCAGACAGGGAACUUCUGGGUGAUGGUAGCCAUAGAGUAUCAGCAUUGGUUGCUUAUGAGUAUCAAUGAUAAUUGACAAUCAAUGAUGAUUGCCUGUGAAUAUCUGACAGCACCUGCUUGUAGGUAUUGAUGACAAUUGGUACCUUCAGUGCCCAGGUAUAGCCUAAUUGUAGCAUUGUUCUCCUACUGCUCCUGGGACAAAAGCUCCUUAUAGGUAUAAGGAGGCCUUUGAAUGUUCUCGGAGACUCCAAGCAAAUUUGGGUCAUCCAUGUCUAAACCUGAAUCACUCUAACUCCAUGACUUCUUCAUCCCAUUAUAU